CAUAAAUAAUUUUGUUUUUCUUCAAUGGACGACAGCUGUUUGACAGCUCUGCUUUUAUUUUCUAUAGAAUUUAUCUCUCCAUCACAAAAAAGCUUUUUGUUCCUCAAUUUGUUUGUUAUUUGAAAACAGAGUUCUAAAUAGAGCUUUGUUGCCCUACGCUUCUAGUGAGAAUCUGGGAAAUGAGGGCUGAAACAGAGUGCACUAUAAAUAGAUCGAGCCGCAGUUAGUUUAUAGUUUACGUCUGAUUGUGAUGAUUUAUCAGACAUAUUGAGUGCGAAUUAGCGAGCUAUGGGUAGGCGAGAGGAGCCCGCUUGGGCUAAGGGUACGGUGGGGCUGCUGGCGGCCCGGGAGCGCGGUUACGUGGACCGGCAGUUCCAGAACCGUCUCACGGUGACCCGAAGCAUGAUCGACCGCUUAGGGCUCGAAACAGAGUUAAACGGGCAUAUGGGCUGCGUGAACUGCUUGGAAUGGAACCAUGAUGGAUCUGUUUUGGCGUCGGCAUCUGACGACCUGCACGUUAUUCUGUGGGACCCGUACCGCUACAAGCAGCUGCACAACAUAGCCACAGGACACACUGGCAACAUCUUCUCAGUCAAGUUCCUAUCUCCCGACCUGAUAGCGACCUGCGCCGCUGACGGCACAGUCCGCGCGCGCAGCAUAUGCGGCGGCGCGCCUCUACUGGAGUGCUCCUGUCAUUGUGGAAGGGUUAAAAGGCUUGCCGUCGCUCCGCAUAACCCGCAUCUGAUAUGGUCAGCUGGUGAAGAUGGACUUAUACUGCAACACGACCUGCGUACCUCCCACCGCUGCACCUCCGCCAACGUGCUGGUCAACCUCCUCAACCACCUGGGCCGCUACGCCGAGGCCAAGUGCGUGUCGGUCAACCCGCGCCGGCCCUACCAGCUCGCCGUCGGCGCCAACGACCUGUAUGUGCGGCUCUACGACACUAGGAUGAUCAAGCUUAGCAAACUACAGGUACAGUCGGCCGGUACCCGUGUAGCAUGGGAGCGCGCGAAUGUUCGCUGCGCGCGCGCCGGCGCCGGCGACCCCGACAUGAACAUACCCCGAGCCGCGGUCACUUAUUACGCACCCGGUCACCUCUCGAUUGAGCCGAACGAGCACAACUUUCCUAAGAAAGCGACCACAUACGUCGCGUUCAGCCACGACGGCAACGAGUUACUCGUCAACCUAGGAUCGGAACAGAUCUACCUAUUCGAUAUAAACCAGGGCCGCCGGCCGGUCCUCGUGGAGUCCUUCAUCAUCCAGCACAACCACGCCUACAGGGCGGGCGAAGCCCGAGACCCGAGUCCCGAGCCCGAGCCGCAGCAACCAUUGCCUGAAUCUGUCCGCGCUUUAAAAGAACGGGCGAACGAGCUGGUGAACGCGGGCAACUACGCCACGGCAGUUGAACUGUAUAACGCGGCGCUGGGUGCUUGUCCCAACCACGCCAUUCUGUACUCGAACCGCGCCGCUGCACUCAUGAGGAGGGGCUGGUCCGGAGACACCUACGCGGCCAUAAAGGACUGCUACCGGGCCAUCAAAUUGGACUCUGGGCACGUCAAAUCUCACUUCAGACUCGCUAAGGGUCUGAUGGACCUUAAGAGGGCGCGCGAAGCACACGAAUGCUUGCUUUACUUUAAGGACAAGUUCCCGCGGCACGCGUCGAGUCACGCGGUGUUCCUGCUGCAAAAGGACAUCAACGUUGCUCUGGACACCGUCGAAACCCAGGCCGACGAAGCGCCGGGCGAGGCCGAGGAGAACCAGCCCACCAGCCUGCUGGAGCGCCAACUGCGGGCCGCGGCCCUCGACUACUCGCAGCGCUUCCUCGGCCACUGCAACACCACCACCGACAUCAAGGAGGCCAGCUUCCUGGGCCCCGACGCUAAUUACAUAGCCGCCGGUUCGGACGACGGCAGCAUGUUCAUCUGGUGCCGCCGCACCGGCAACAUCGUGCGCUGCCUGCGCGGCGACGAGUCCAUCGUGAACUGUGUGCAGCUGCACCCUGCCGCCUGCCUGCUCGCCACCAGCGGCAUCGAGCCCUGCGUGCGCCUCUGGAGCCCCAGGCCCGAGGACGGUGUGGAAGAGCCCCGCGUGGUGGUGGACGCGGGCUCGGCGGCGCACGAGAACCAGCGGCGCAUGCGCAGCGACCCCUUCGAGGCCAUGCUGCUCAACAUCAGCUUCGCCGGCGCCGACCGCGACCUGCACUCGCCCGCCUGCCGCGCCAGCUAGGUGCAAAUUGCAAUAUGUGAUAGCCGAUAUGCAAGAUUCGGUUUCCUUAUCUUCUCCAAGUCAGCUGUAAAUGUAAAUAAAUUAUUCAUUAAAUGAUACGCGCCCAA